AUGCCACUUUCCAUCUCGUUUUACCACAGCAAGCGCGGCGAGAACGUGGCCAGCUCGUACCAGAGCGUGGCGUUGCACGACCGAGAGAAGGUGAAGCACAAGAUGGCGCUGCCCUGCGAGUUCUACCGCAACAUUUGGGGCCCCACGGAGGAGGAGGACGCCGCGCUGCGGCGCCGCGCCAGGUCCAGCAAGUUCAGCAGCUCGCCGGCCUCGGCGACGUCCCGCAGGUACAAGAAGAGGCUGGCCACGGGGCCGCUCGUCGACAUUGCGCAGGUGGCGCACGUGGUCACGACCAUGUCGGACUUCCGCGCGGACUACGGCGAGGACUCGAAGCGGGUGCGACUCGUCAACAUCUGGGACGACCGCAGUCUCGCGCUGGGCUUGGAGCCCGAGUCCAGCUCGGACAAGUCCUCGCGCAGCAGCGGCGGCAGCGACCAAGGGCCGUCCACGGCUGACACCGAGCCGGAAGAAAUCAUGUCGCCCAUCAGCCGAGCCGACCGGAUCACAGAACUCAGCUGCGAAGACAGCGACGACGACCUCAGCAGUCUAGCUUCGUCUGUGGUGAACCAGCGGCCAGGCCAGCUCAAGCGAACCAAGACGCCGGAGAUCGUGUUCCCCAACAACAAGAAGAACGCGAACAUGGGCCGAGGCAAUGGCAAUGGCAAGACGGACAAGAAGGAGCUCAACUUGAAGAACCUGCCGGUCCCUCCUCCGUCGUCCCACAACGGCAGCAUCAUCUUCAGCGCCGUGUUCUCGGAGCAGACUGACUGGAGCUGGAGCGCCAAGUUCCUGCUGGGAAUCCACGAGCCAAUCCGCCACGCUCUCUUUGUCAUGGAUCGGUUCUUGGAGCAGUCGCAAACUCGAUCGAAACCUGAAGCUUCGCAGACGUUAGCACUCGAGACGCACGUGGCAGAGUUUUUCCUCUGGUUCAAGGCGUACUUUGUGGAGUAUUUGCAGUGCCAGCACGAGGUGAAGGCGUCGGUGUUGCUGCCGCUGCUGAACCUGCCUGUGACGACCAAGCAGCAGAUUCUGGACGUGUAUCAGGAUAUCUCGCAGAUGCUGACGCAGAUCCAGCAAUUGGAGCGAGCGUUGUGUGUGAGUGGGGCCUGCAGUGCGUCGUCCUGGCUGCUUCGUCUUCAAGUGUUGCAGACAGAGAUCCGCCAGCUCAAUCGGACGCUGCAUGCAGCAUUAAACAUGGAGGAAACGACUUUGCACUCGGCCAUGAGCGCUGCGUUCACCGAGCGCGCUUUCAGGACACACAUCAUGCCCCGGGUAUUCCGCGCUAUUCGCGCCAAACGUGUGGUGGUGCCUUGGAUUGUUGAGCGGAGCAAGAUCUGGGGUGGCGACACGGAGCAGCGCAGCAUCCAGGGCAUGCUACCGUUCUCAGCAAAGUUCAUGUACCGCAAGAUCUGGCGGCCGUACUUCAUGAGCAACGUGGCAGUGGCAAUGAAGAACUUGAACGAGUUUGUUAGCGCUGCAGACUCGAACGGCAGCGGGUCAAUUUACAGCGAGCGCCAUGGCGAGAUGUGCACCGUAAUGUGA